AUGUUGCAUGUAGAAGGAGUCACUGACAGUGAGGCUAUCCUUGCUAAGGAGAAACCUUCCGAAGUGGGGGUCCGCCGAAAUGACUGCAUCAUCUGCUAUUCCUCCUAUGACCUGGCUGGCCGCCUUCCACGCCGUCUCUACUGUGGUCACACUUUCUGUCAGGCUUGUGUCCGGCGCCUGGACACACCAGCUCAUGAACAGCGAUGGAUCCCCUGCCCUCAGUGCCGCCAGAGCACACCCACACCCAGAGGUGGUGUGGCCAUGCUGGACCUUGAUCUGGCUGCCUUCCUGGCUGUGAAGGCAGAGCGGGACCCCCCCCGAGGAGAGCCCUGGUCCCCCACUCCCCACAAAGGCAGCCCUCCCAAGCCUAGCUCUGUGAUCACCCAGCAACCGGCCAGCCAUUGUCCAACGCUAGGCCCUCAGCCCAGCUUCCCCCGACAGGGUUGCUGUUGGGGCUGCUGCCUAUGCUGUGAGCCUGAGGGCACCCCUGAAGUCUAA